AUGGCGAGGGGUGGGGUUUCUGCCUCCCCCUUUUCAUUCCUCCUCUUUCUACCUUCUGCCCCUCUGGGGUGUGCCGGGGUGUUGUGCAGAUCACACCUAUGGUGUGUGGGGAGAGGCCCCCAGAUCUCAGCCGGUUCCCUGCCCUGGCCGCCCUCGGGGCGAGGGGUGGGGAAGAGCAGCCUUUUGCUGCGGUUUGCAGAUAACACGUUCUCCGGCAGCUACAUCACCACCAUCGGCGUGGAUUUCAAAAUCCGGACUGUGGUGAUCAACGGCGAGCGGGUCAAGCUGCAGAUCUGGGACACGGCCGGACAGGAGCGAUUCCGCACCAUCACCUCCACGUAUUACCGCAACACCCACGGAGUCAUCAUCGUCUACGAUGUGACGAACCCCGAAUCCUUCGUCAACGUCAAGCGCUGGCUGCACGAGAUUGGGCAGAACUGUGACAGCGUCUGCAAAGUCCUGGUGGGGAACAAGUGUGAGGACCCAUCCCGGAAGCAGGUGGAGACGGCCGACGCCCGGCGCUUCAGCGAGCAGAUGGGGGUGCGGCUCUUCGAGACCAGCGCCAAGGAGAACCUCAACGUUGAGGAGAUGUUCAACGCGGUGACGGCCAUGGUACUCCGCAUGAAGCAGGAGAACCUGGCGCGGCUGCAGCACCCCGAGGUGGUGAAGAUCAACAGGCCCAAGAAGAAGCCCCCCGUCAAGAAAUGCUGCUGAGGGGCCGGGGGCCCCCUGAAAGCUAGGGGAGCUGAGCCCCUGCCCCCACCCCCUGGGGCAGGAUGGACUGUGUGUAUAUGGGGGGGGGUAUCUGCCCCCCCCGUCUGGGGGCUCCUGGCUGUUGGGGGACGAGGGGCUGGAGUGGGGGAGAGCUGGAACUUGGGGGGCUGGCGGGGGGGGGGGGGUUGGGUGGAAGGAACAGAGAGAAGGGGAAAUGGAGGAGACUGUUCUGCCCCUGGGGGGGCCUGGCCCCCCAGUUUUUCCCCCUGCCCCCCAAUCUGCUCCGGGCCCCCCAUCCCUAUCCCUCCACCCCACUGUGAAAGGGAAGAUGCCACUUCCUGCCCCCUGCACUUCGGGGUGCACAUGCCCCCCGAACUCAUCCCACAACUCUGGAGUGGGGGAACACGUGGGGGUUCCUGCUCCGCCCCUCCUGUGCCCCCAUUUGUUUGGGGGUGUCUCCCUGCUCCAGCUCUCCAUUCUCCCACAGGGGCCCUCAAAUGUUUUCCAGUGGGGCCCCCCAAAAGUGCCCUUCUGCACUAUGCAAUCCAACCCUCCUGAGCACUGGAAAGGCAGCACCUAGGAAAUGGGGGUGAAGCCAGCCCCCUGAACCCUCUCCUUGCCCCCCACGCUCUGGGAACAGCCAGGGAUAUAGCCCCCCCAUUGGGAACAAGAUGGGGUUCCCCCCUCUGGGAUCAAAUCUGGGGUUUGCUGCCUGGCUCUGAGCUCCUGCCCCACUAGGAACGGGGUGGGGGGCUCAGCAGUGGGGGGCAGCCCCCGAACGGGGAGCAAAAGGAGGCAGUUCACAAGUGGGGUGCAGCCCCGGGCCCCCUCCUGGGGGGCAUAAGGGGAGCUUGGAAGUGGGGUUCACCCUAGCACUGGAACUGGGGGCACGGCUGGGGGGUGGGGUUGGCCCCCCAAUAACUGUGCAAUAAUCCGGCCAUGCCCUGGGGGGGCUGAACUGACACUAACCCUGCCCCAGAGACUGUUUUUCUUCAAUAAAGACAAUUUAGGUAUGAAAA